AUGGGUUCUCUGUACAACCUGAUUGGUUCAGGAAGUUUUGGUUCUCUUUACAAAGGAGUAAUCCCUAGAGAUGGAACAAUAGUUUCUGUUAAGGUAUUGAACCUUCAACAACAAGGAUCUUUCAAGAGUUUCAUUGAUGAACGCAAAGCUUUAAGAAGUAUAAGGCAUCGUAAUCUUCUAAAGAUCCUAACUGCCUGCUCAGGCAUCGAUAAUCUGGGUAAUGAGUUCAGAAGUCUAGUCUUCAAGUACAUGGAAAAUGGAAGUCUAGACUCAUGGUUGUAUCCAAGAGAUGAGGAGCAAUGGAAAAUUAAGACCUUGGGUGUUGUCCAAAGAAUGAACAUUGCUAUUGAUGUUGCUUCUGCUUUAGAUUAUCUCCAUCACCAUUGUGAAGGGGCCAUUGUUCAUUGUGAUCUAAAGCCAAGCAAUGUUCUUCUUGAUGAGGAUAUGGUAGCCCAUGUUGGUGACUUUGGUGUAGCAAGGUUCCUUUUGGAAACAUCAAAUGAUCCCUCCCAGAGUCAAACAAUAUGUCAACUGGGUUAAAGGGUUC